GCCAUCCCUUCUUCCCCUCCUCCGAUCCAAACCCAAUUUAAUUUCCUUGACCGAAUAAACAAGAUCCCAUCAUUCAGAUUCCGGUAAAGCUUCCAUCUUUAUCGAUUCCGAUACGAAAUGGGUAACUGCCGAUCCUGCGAUUCCACACGCGUCGCCGGAGGCGGCGCGUCGACGGCGAAGCUGAUUCUCCAGGACGGCAGGCUCCAGGAGUUCUCUUAUCCGGUCAAGGCUUCGUUCGUCUUGCGGAUGAUUGAUACCCACGCGCCGCACUUCAUAUGCAACGCCGACGAGAUGGAGUUCGACGACGUCGUGUUGGCGGUGGACGACGAGGAGGAGUUGCAGCCGGGGCAGCUCUACUUCGCCCUCCCCGUUGCCUGGCUCCGACACCCUCUGCAGCCGGAGGAAAUGGCCGCAUUGGCCGUGAAGGCCAGCUCCGCAUUGAUGAAGACCUCCGCCGCCGGCGGCGGCGGCGGCGGCGUCUGCGAUAAAUCUGGGUGUCGACGGAAAUCGACGGAGUUGUUGUUUUCUGGGGAGGGUGAUGUCGGGAAGCACCGGCGGAGAGCGUCUGCUGGCGACGGCGGCGCCGCCGGUGGGGGGAGGAGUAGGAGACGGGGGAGCAGCGGCAGUGAGAAGAAGUUUGCGGCGAUGUUGAGCGCUAUACCGGAGUGAGCUGAGGGUAGUUUGGGAAUGACAAAAGAGUGUAAAUAUAUUAGAAGGAAGAUUCCAUGGAAAAUGAAUCCCUCUCUCUUGGUGGAGGAUGUCACCCAUUUAAGGGUGUAUUACAAUUUUACCCCUAGAUGAGUUGAUGAUGGCGAGGUUUCAUAUGAUGGUCGUGUUGGUGAUAAACUGAUAAUGAUUCUUCUCCUUCAUUAACGUUGAUUGCUGAACUCUGAAGUUUCUAAUUCCAGGCACGAAAAAGGCAGAGAAAGAAAGUUUAAUCACAAAUCACAAUACUAAGCAAUUACAAAUCCGAUGUUAAGACUGGUACCGAUAUUCGCUCUUAAGAUCUGCAAUCUUUGAAUACUAAUAGCAAACUGAUUCGAUCAUAGAAUCCCCACAUUUUUGUAAUGAAAUUAUGGCAGUGAAGAAUUAAAUUGCAUUUUAAUGU